UUCGCUUUUGCAACACAAGAGGGCGAUAGAGGCUCGAUGCAUCAUUCCAGCAAGGCUUAUUAUUUAUUUGAAAACAUAGCACCUCACGUACACAUUAACUACUCGGCAUAAUAUACCGACGGAGCAGCAGGUGAAAUGGCGUUCAAAGUGAAAGUGGCAGACUCGAAGACCGUCCUACUCCGUUUGGGUCUUUGUUUGGUCAUUUUCUACACCCUGUACUACAUGAUUGCCAGCGUGUGUUUUGGAGCGUUCAGGCUCCAGCACUUUGAUGGACUAAUCCCUUUUGACUUCAGGACAGAACCCACAGAAUCCAGCGCAAAGUACUUGGUGAACCUCCUCUCUAUGGAGUUGACCUUCUUCUGCAGUGGGCUGCUGUUUGCUGCGGUUGUGCAGAGAUGGGUUUGGGACUACGCCCUCACAGUCACCCUGCUCCACGUACUGAUCACCUGCACAGUCAUGCAGGAGUUUCCUAUGAUGUGGCAGUGGUGGUUGGCUCUGGGUAGCGGCUUGUUCCUGAUGAUAUGCAACGGGCAGCUAAUCGCACACUUCGCCUGUCAAAGUGACCCCAGUUACCCCGCCUACCAGAGCUACUGACACGGCCGUACCCCUCUAACCAGAGCUACUGACACAGCCAUACCCCUCUAACCAGAGCUACUGACACGGCCGUACCCCUCUAACCAGAGCUACUGACACGGCCGUACCCCUCUAACCAGAGCUACUGACACGGCCGUACCCCUCUAACCAGAGCUACUGACACGGCCGUACCCCUCUAACCAGAGCUACUGACACGGCCGUACCCCUCUAACCAGAGCUACUGACACGGCCGUACCCCUCUAACCAGAGCUACUGACACGGCCGUACCCCUCUAACCAGAGCUACUGACACUCAGCUCUGAGGACAAUCCAGAGCAGCCUCCUCUUGCUGGUAACCAUGGCACUAGUCCUGUUAGGCUGCAGGCAGUUUUGCCAUUUUUGGUCAUUUCCUGCCUGAGGUCUGCAGUGCUGUUGCUGUGACUUUUUCCCUUAAAGUGAUAUUUCAGAGUUUCCUACAUCAGAAAUGAGAUCAAUGGCUUCCUCCAUCCAUGGGGCAACAGUUAAUAAAUUAACGUUAACAAUUAAUAAUGAUAUUGGAGCAGACUGGCAGUAUCUUUCAGUGGAAUGUAUUUAACCAGAAGAUGCAAACAGGUUUGUUAACACAUGAUGUUUAUUUGCAUAAGAAUGGGCAAGACACUCGUUUCUAUAUAAUGGUAAUAGUCUGUUAAAACAAUGGCUUUGUUUUAAAAGCAGGCUGAUGCAGGUGUGUACUGUGUUUUCAGUAUUAAGAGCAGAAGUGAUACCUGAUUUCAUUCGUAGGACACAGGUCUGCUCACAAUCUCUCAAACCAUGACAGGAUUUUCAGUACCAUGCAGUGUUUUACAGUAGCAGGCAAUGUUUUACAGUAACAGGUGGUGUUUUACAGUAGAGAACAUAAUUUUAACUGUUGCACCUUUACAGUAAAUGUUUAUGUGUGUGUAUGUUCAUGUACAUAAAUAUACAGCCACAAAUGUAUUCUUAUAUGUUUCUUUGAAUUAUUUGUUUUGUUUAUAAUGUAUUUUAAGAGGAUAAAAAGGAUAAACUUGGAUUUAAAAAGCAUUUAAUGUCUUUGUUCUUCCAUUGCACCUUCUCUCUUAUGUUUUGAUUUUGUUUUGUUUUUUCAGAACAAAAGCAAAGCAAGUUAGUGUCCCAUUUUACUGAAGUUUUUUGCCCUGUUAUUCUAUCAGUGUACUUCUGGAACAAGUGCUGUUAUAAAAUAAUAAUCUGGAGAAAAAGCUGUUUUGAAAUGAUACCUCUGAUUAUUAAAUGAAAAUUAAAUAAAA